AUGGAACAUAACCUAGCGCCGCCCCAGCUAAGAUAUGGGAGUGCUCUGAUGGAGAUCGUGUCGUUUUUGGAGACGAUGGUAAGGUGGUCUUCUUGGAUUUCGCAUUUGCGUGGGGAAACUAGUGCUUUAAUGGCCCCUUCACCUGCCUACCCACACCCACUCGUGCCUUCUUUAAGCCCCUUCACCUGCCUACCUCCGGCAAUUCUCAUCACCGAUGACCCGAGGCGGAGGAGGAGAAGUUUGAAAAUAUUGGUGACACCUGCAUGGUUAAGCUCCAACAGCUGCGUGUUGGCAUUCCUGCUCCAUCUCUCUCUCUUUUCUGCCACUAUCUUUUCUUCUAUUAGAAUUGCUGAUAUGCUUGGCCAAGACUAUCUUGAAGAGGAAUCAGAAGAAGUGGAUGAUGACAAGGAAGAAGACGAUGAGGAUGACUACGAGAAAGAUGAUACUGUUGACAUUUCUUUAGAGAAGGAAUUGCAGACAGUGCAUCCAUGUACAAGAACUUUCAAGCGGCCUAAGCGAAAGCCUAGGCUUCAUCAUCCAUGCUUUGCAUGAUUUCAGUCUGGAGUUUGGAUGUGUCACUAGGCAUAGCUAUAGAGAAAGCAAAUUUUAGCUUCUUUCAGUUUAUUGUCCGUGACCAGCUUGUUAAUCCAAAUCCAAUAGUAUAGUCAUAGUAACUUUGCAUCUCCAAUUUUGGUUUAAAUUGUUUUCCUAUUCGUCUUUGCAUGGUGAACAUCGUCAUUAGGUAAUGCAGAUGAAAGAAUAUUGUAAUAGCAUUGAUCUUGGAGAAAUAAAUGGUUUUCCUCUUCUCCGCAAUUGCUAUCUAUGUUCUAGCAGAGCUGCACCGAGUUGUUUCAA